CACAAAAAUAUAAUUUGUAUUUUAAAAAUAAAUAAAUAAAUAAUUAAAUAAAUAUUUUUAAAAAAAAAAAAAAAUAAAAAAAUUUAAAUAUUAAAAAAAUAAAUAAAUAAUUUUAAAAAAAUAAAUAUAUAUAUAUAUAUAAAUUAAAGUCUUCAAAUAAUAUAGAAUUUAAAAAAACAAAUAAAUAAUAAUGGAUUAUAAUGGAAAUAAAUUUUGUUGGUUUAUUACAGGCUGUUCUAAAGGUUUUGGAUAUAUAUUAACUUUAUUGUUAUUAAAAAGAGGUUAUUGCGUGACCGCUACAACAAGAUGCAAAAAAAAUUUAGAGGACAAGAUAAAGGAAGAUAUAAAGGAUGAUAGAUUAAUUGAAGAUAAUCUGUUAAUAGUAGAGAUUGAUUUAGCCAAAGAGUGUCAAGUUAGAGAGGGUAUACAAAAAUCGAUUGAUACAUUUGGUCGUUUGGAUGUAGUAGUAAAUAAUAGUGGAUUUUUAAAAAUAGCAGCAGUCGAAGAAAUUAGCGAUGAAGAGUUUAGAGAAGUAUUUGAUAGUAACUUUUUCAGCAUGUUAAAUGUAUUAAGAGUAUCACUUCCCUUUUUAAGAGAGUACACAAAAACAAACUUGUACGGAGGCUGUAGAAUUUAUAACAUUUCAUCAAUAGGGGGUAUUUUAAAUUUAUCUCCAGGAUCUUCACCCUACUCUUCCACAAAAUUUGCAAUGGAAGCUGUUUCAGAAUCAUUAUAUUACGAAAUGAAACCACACAACGUUCAUGUUUCAUGUGUUAAACCAGGUUAUUUUAGAACUUCAAUUAGAGAGUCGUGUCAAGUUUCAUCAAAUCCAAAUAGCAUUUAUUCGAAUGUAAGGGAUGCUGAAAAUUCAAGACCCAAUUGGACAUUCAAUGGCGAUCCAGAAAAAGCUAUGAACAUUCUUAUUGAUCUCUCUAUCCAUGAUCGAAAUCCUCCACUCCAUUUAUUUUUGGGUCCAGAAACUAUAGAACUUUUCAACAAAAAACAAUUACAUUUACAAACUGAUUUAGAAAACUAUAAACAUUUAACAAUAUCAACUAAUUUUAAUCAAUAAAAAAUAAAUUAAAAUUUUUAAUUCUUGUUUAAAUUAGAUACAAUUUUUUUUUAAUCAAAU